AUGACGUACGUGGUGUUGAGAGGUGACUUCGAGUCCCCUUAUACCAUGACGUGCGUGGUGCUGAGAGGUGACUUCGAGUCCCCACUGGGCGGGGCGUGCUUGGUGCUGCGGGCAGCUGAAGACAUUGGGGGCAGGAGGUCGAGGGCGCGGGCGCGGGACCACAGAAGAGAGGACCCGGGAGGCGUUGUCUUUCUCACUCGCCAGACGCCCGCGCUACAACCCGAAGCUGUGGUGAGCCACGCCACAAGCGACUGUGAAGCUGUGGUGAGCGACGCCACAAGCAACUGUGAAGCUGUGGUGAGCGACGCCACAAGCGACUGUAAAGCUGUGGUGAGCCACGCCACAAGCGACUCUGAAGCUGUGGUGAGCCACGCCACAAGCAACUGUGAAGCUGUGGUGAGCGACGCCACAAGCGACUCUGAAGCUGUGGUGAGCGACGCCUCAAGCGACUCUGAAGCUGUGGUGAGCCACGCCACAAACGACUCUGAAGCUGUGGUGAGCGACGCCUCAAGCGACUCUGAAGCUGUGGUGAGCCACGCCACAAGCGACUCUGAAGCUGUGGUGAGCGACGCCACAAGCAACACUGAAGCUGUGGUGAGCGACGCCUCAAGCAACACUGAAGCUGUGGUGAGCGACGCCUCAAGCAACACUGAAGCUGUGGUGAGCGACGCCUCAAGCAACACUGAAGCUGUGGUGAGCGACGCCUCAAGCAACUGUGAAGCUGUGGUGAGCGACGCCACAAGUGACUAUGAAGCUGUGGUGAGCGACGCCUCAAGCAACACUGAAGCUGUGGUGAGCGACGCCUCAAGCAACUGUGAAGCUGUGGUGAGCGACGCCUCAAGCAACUGUGAAGCUGUGGUGAGCGACACCUCAAGCAACACAGAAGCUGUGGUGAGCGACACCUCAAGCAACUGUGAAGCUGUGGUGAGCGACACCUCAAGCAACACAGAAGCUGUGGUGAGCGACACCUCAAGCGACUGUGAAGCUGUGGUGAGCGACACCUCAAGCAACACAAAAGCUGUGGUGAGCAAUGCCAAAAGUGACUAUGAAGCUGUGGUGAGCGACGCCACAAGCAACACUGAAGCUGUGGUGAGCGACGCCUCAAGCGACUGUGAAGCUGUGGUGAGCAACGCCAAAAGUGACUAUGAAGCUGUGGUGAGCGACGCCACAAGCGACUCUGAAGCUGUCUGUGUCUAUUGCAGAAUAAAGGUUGCAAGUGUUCUUGGACUGGAUAUCCUGAUGGGCGUAGGAGCGUCGCUCAAGAGAUGCGAGGACCAAGAAGGUCAAGAACACGAAGGCCAAGAACCUCUUAAGACCCACAUAGCUAAGUUCAUCUCCUCGAGCCACAGAAGAGAGGACCCGGGAGGCGUUGUCUUUCUCACUCGCCAGACGCCCGCGCUACAACCCGAAGCUGUGGUGAGCCACGCCACAAGCGACUGUGAAGCUGUGGUGAGCGACGCCACAAGCAACUGUGAAGCUGUGGUGAGCGACGCCACAAGCGACUGUGAAGCUGAAGUGAGCCACGCCACAAGCGACUCUGAAGCUGUGGUGAGCCACGCCACAAGCAACUGUGAAGCUGUGGUGAGCGACGCCACAAGCGACUCUGAAGCUGUGGUGAGCGACGCCUCAAGCGACUCUGAAGCUGUGGUGAGCCACGCCACAAACGACUCUGAAGCUGUGGUGAGCGACGCCUCAAGCAACUGUGAAGCUGUGGUGAGCGAUACCUUAAGCGACUGUGAAGCUGUGGUGAGCGACACCUCAAGCAACACAGAAGCUGUGGUGAGCGACACCUCAAGCAACACAGAAGCUAUGGUGAGCGACGCCUCAAGCAACUCUGAAGCUGUGGUGAGCGACGCUACAAGCAACACUGAAGCUGUGGCGAGCGACGCCUCAAGCAACUCUGUGGUGAGCGACGCCUCAAGCAACACUGAAGCUGUGGUGAGCGACGCCUCAAGCAACUCUGAAGCUGUGGUGAGCGACGCUACAAGCAACACUGAAGCUGUGGUGAGCGACGCCUUAAGCGACUGUGAAGCUGUGGUGAGCGACACCUCAAGCAACACAGAAGCUGUGGUGAGCGACACCUCAAGCAACACAGAAGCUGUGGUGAGCGAUGCCUCAAGCGACUGUGAAUCUGUGGUGAGCAAUGCCAAAAGUGACUAUGAAGCUGUGGUGAGCGACGCCAUAAGCAACACUGAAGCUGUGGUGAGCGACGCCUCAAGCGACUGUGAAGCUGUGGUGAGCAACGCCAAAAGUGACUAUGAAGCUGUGGUGAGCGACGCCCCAAGCGACUCUGAAGCUGUGGUGAGCGACGCCACAAGCGACUCUGAAGCUGUCUGUGUCUAG